GAUAGCAAGCCAAAACAUUAAGGGAGUCCUUUUUGUGUAGCUAAUUUCAAAACAACAACAACACAAAUCUCAAUCCAAAAUAAAGGACAAACAGAUUUAAAGUGUACUUCAAUCAUUAAGUAGUAAAGUGUCUUCGUAUUAAUAUGUAACCAUGGACCAAAGAACAAAUUAUUUGUCAUUAAUGUUAUUGGAUGCUCUGGAAGAUGAAAACGAAGGUGAUAUAUAUUUUGUACUCGAUCGUAAUGCCGAUGUAAUUGAUCCCGGUUUUGUACCUCAAGAUCGGGGAAUUGCCCCCCUACAUUAUGUCUGCGGCAUGUCAAAUGAGAAACUGGCCAUUGAAAUAACAAAAAGGUUUUUGGAUAUGGGUGCUGAUCCCAACUGCAAAAGUGAGGAUGGCAUGACACCCUUGCAUGUGGCCGCCAUGUAUGGUAAAGUGGAAAUUGUGCGUUUGUUAUUGCAACAUGGUGCCGAAUUGGAAGUUUACGACGAUGAUCGCAAAACUCCAGUUUUAUAUGCCAUUGAAGAGUGCCAGUUUGAGGUAGUACAAAUUAUGCGAGAUCACAUAUUUCUGAAUAAAUACGCCAAGAAGAAACACACAAACUCCAUACUUAUGUCGGAGAGUAAAUUUGAAUAUUCAUUAAGUAGAAAAUCCCUGAAUAAACUAUCAACGCCGGUUCGUUCAAACGCCCAUAGAAUGGAGCUAAAUGCUAGUCCGCCACAGUGUAUAAAUAAAAACCUACUAAAGGUAGCCGAGAUAGAUGAACAUCACAACACUAUAAAUGGAAGGGAAGAUGGUGAUUGUGGAAAAUAUACUCCAAAUCGUAUUAAUUAUAAUUAUGAUGUUACCUCACCCUACUAUAUAAAUAUUACACAUCGUAGGCAUAAACCUCAACCUAAAUUUCCUGAACCGGAACCUACGCCACAGGCAGAGCCUGAUAUACCACCAAUGGAAGUGGAAAAUAGUCCGGAAGAGAUUUUAAUACCUGAUGAGGAGGAAGAGGAGCAAAACGAUAUAUUAUCAAUUUCUAUGCAAGACAUUCGAGGAACCACACCUGAACCAGAAGAAUAUGAGGAGGCCGUAAAUAUAUUCUCAUUGACCAAAGAAAAUUUAAUGGAAUUAACACAACGUACCAGAAUCAAUGAGAAGUCCAAAGUAUCCAUCAUACAAACGUGGCGUGAUAAAGUACAAAAAUCCAGAGAACGUAAUUCCAUACUAACCAAUUUCGAUGAUAUCUUAGAGGCCAUCGAUGAAAUAAAGAAUAAUUAUGUUAAGCCAGAGGUUAAAGAAAGGAUAGGAGUUACCGCAAACAAUCACGUGGAUAAUAAUGCAAAAGUGAUUGAAAAUGACAGUGGCGCCUGCAACACAACAUCGUCAUCAUCAUCGUCCGACAUGGAAAUAACACAAUAUCGUCUAUUGCCGCAGGAACAAAAAUCUUUAAACGAAAAGUCGAGUGGAAAAAUGCCUAUUAAACCAUCAAAAACAAUAUCUUUUGUUGAACCAAAACUAGAAACGGUUCAUGAAAACUCCAUUGAGGAACCUAUUGUCAUUGCUGAGGUAACCUCCAAAACACCAUCAGCCCAACAGGAUGGCAAUACAGAUUUAGAUAGUAGUUAUAAAACAGUACCCGAAAUUAAAGUUUUUUCUCCACAAGCCCCCAAAGCCGAUGAACAGAAUACGUCAGCGAAUUUCAUACAUUCACCGAAAAACAAUGAAUAUUUUCUGCAAAUGGCCGAGGCGUAUGUGCACACAGACGAUGAGAAUGGCAUGGUGUUUUAUGAAACGCGAUUGUUAAGUAAUGUGGGCAAUAAGGUUGCGAACCAAAGGAAUUUAGAGACACCACGAACCCAUCAUGAUGGUAAUACCUCUAUGACAUCGCAAUCAACAAAUGUAACACUGCCAUUGGAUUAUGAGACAGAUACCCUAAGAGCUGAAUUAACAAUAUUUGGUGAUCCUCCAGGUCCCAUUACAAAAACCACAAAGCGUUUAUAUUUGAAACGUUUAAUGAAAUACAAGCGCAAAACUGAAUUGGUGGAGGAGAUCAAAACGCGACAGAAAGAAAACGAAGCAAAAUUUUCUGUUGAACUACAAAGAACCACCAAAUCAGAGGAGGCUUUUCUGCGCAUACAAGAUUUUAUGAAAUAUGAAACACAAUCAAUGCAAUAUUUUGUCAAUAAUCAGGAUAAGAAACGCAUGCGUGAGGGCCAUUUAAAACAGAGUUUUAUUUAUAUGUUAAUUGAUCCCCGAAUUUCGUGUAAUUUGCCGGGAGAAAGUGCGUUUAUGCAAAAAUUUGAUGUAUGGCAAAGAUUUCUGCAAUCAAUAUUCUAUGUGGGCAAGGGGAAAACCUCGAGACCCUAUUCACAUCUCUACGAUGCCAUGAAAGCCCAUGCUAGACUGCACAACAAGGAUGCUCCAGCAGAGAUGUGCAGUAAAACUGGCAAAAAAGUUUCAAUUAAAAAACAACCCCUAAAUGUGAACAUGUUUAAAUCACCACCCGAAAAAUCAUCGGAUAGCAAGAAACUGGAUCGCAUCCUAAAUAUUUGGGGCAAUGGAUAUGGUGUUGUUUGUUUGCAUGUCUUCCACAAUAUUGUGCCCACCGAAGCGUAUACGCGAGAGGCGGCCAUUAUUGAUGCUCUAAGCUUACAACAUUUGACAAAUUGCAAGCGUGGCGAUUAUUAUGGUCCUGCUAAAUCUUGGUCUAUGAAAGAGAAAAAAUAUCUGGGUAUUGCUUUGUUGUUCAAAGCAAUGCAUAUCUAUUUGGCCGAGGGUGAAUCGCAAUUAUCACCAGGUGAUCUCGUUUAAAUAGUUGCAUUCCUGCGACGAUGAGUGUCAUAUUAUGUGUGUCAAGUGAUCGAUUGAAGUCUGUUGGUU